AUGUCCCUGAGGACGCAUGUGAAGCGGUUGAUUGUUUGCGUCGAUGCUGAAGAGUACAGUGGAGAAAAUGGAACUUCAGGAAAUGGAAACCCUAGCAAUAUUUUCCGCAUCCAAAGCAUCAUCUCCAAUGGCCUCUGCGUUGACGCGCAAGGGCGCACGGUCGAACAGAUUGUCCGCUACCAACGCGCCGCCUCUGAUGGUCCCAGUCUGAUAGAAAGGCUGAAAACCGGUGUCACAAUACCGUACUACGAGGAACAGAUCAAAUCCAUCGUUCGCGAAAUAUGUGGGACGAUCGAAGAGCCACAGGACGAGCUCUUCCUGUACGGAUUCGGACGGGGCGCUUUCAUCGUCCGUGCAGUGGCUGGACUGCUCGAUACUAUGUAUUUACCUAAGAGCACGUCACUGAAACACUUCGAUACACUUUACCAGAGUGCGCUGGAUGUCUACAGAGCACGAAAGGAGGACGACAACAGAAAUGGGCCCAAGAUCGUCGACUUUCUUCGAACACAUACAACUCGGCCACCACUAAUACAAUUCGUUGGAGCUCUGGACACCGUAAAGUACACCGCCGAAGGCCACAUGCACGACAUCUCAUUUGUCCCAUCUGUAAGGCACCUGCGACACGCCUUAGCCCUCAACGAGACACGUUCUCAACUCAAUGCAGAGAUCUUCGACAUCCCAUUCGCCCAGGAGAUGGCGGGGAGGAGUUUCGUUCAGGCAUGGUUCAUGGGCUCUAAUCAAGAUCUCGGAGGCGGCACGCGCGAGGAUGGCUUGUCCCUGUAUCCUUUGCAGUGGCUGCUCAUCGAAAGCAUGCGAGCUGGACUUGUUCUCCAGUCCCAGGAUGAGAAGUCGCCCCCCCUGAAAAUAGAAAAUCCUCUGUCGCUGGCAUUUCCUCAAUAUGCGGGUGAGGUGCCAAAGCUCGACGGCAGUGAAAAGAUUGAAUGGCGAAUUUCACAUUCGAACGGCAUCCAAGUCAGCCUCUAUGAUCUCCAGACUCUGCAUGGAAUUUACACCGAUGACAGUCAAACACACAAUCUACAAAUCAAUUCUCCAAGUACACUUUACAACACCUCGCGCAAAAUCUUCAAUUCAAAGGGAUUUAUUGGAUGGUGCGAUGAUGGAAGCUACGGGGCGAUUAUUCAUCCUUCAGUAUUUUGCCUUCUUGAUAGAUAUCCGCGAUUCUACGAACAGUCUCGCUUCAAGUCCCUGAAAAAGGAUCUUGCCGAUUAUCGAGACCGUUAUUUGCAGGAUGACGACGGAGCAAUCCCUCCCUGGCUGGAAGGUCUACAACUGCAGGCAAGUGGUGUAAAAGCUUUCCGAAUACUGGUCUGUGGUAAGACGGGCGUCGGCAAGUCGACUUUGAUAAACAAAAUCUUCGGUGUUGAAAUGACCGAAGAAUCCGACAGCUACAAACAAGGCAGUCACGACAUUAACGUAGCUUUUGAAUCUCCCAAUAAUCCCGGCCUCAUGAUCCAUGAUUCCAGAGGAUGGCAAGCCGGAAGCGACAAGGAACUUGAGUUGAUUGCCAAGUUUCUCCGCCAUCGGGCAUUUCAGAAAGAUCCAGCUGAGGCACUGCAUGUAAUUUGGUUCUGCGUAGAUUCGGACGUUAGCCGUAUCGAGGAGGCUGACAAGCGAACUUUUCAGACCAUCGCACAAUUUUCCAACCACGUACCGGUCUUUGUUAUUGGGACAAAAAAGGACAAGCUGGUUGCCUUCCGCAAGAUGCAACUGCUGGAGAAGUACAUGGAACAGACAGGCAAUUACCCCGAAUCACAGCGACUAGCAAAUCAAGAAGCAGAUAGACUGGCUGAGGAACAGUUCAUGGCCCUCCGCCAGGAGCUUUCUCAAAUCAAACAUUACAAGGCUGAUGGAUACUGCUGUCUCUCCAAGGAUGAUGACCAAGGGGUCAAGAGACUUCUUACACAGACCCUCGAUCUGAUUCAAGAUGAAAAGGUCCGAAUCUUCGCAGUUGCGGCACAAGUCGUCGAUGUCGAGCAAAAGAUUGACUCCGCAAUUACAGAAUGCAUGCGUUUGGGCCUCCACGCGGUCCGUACGGCCAUGGUCCCGUUACCGUUCUCGGGCGCAAUAGGCACCCCAACCGUUGCUCGAAUCCUGUGUCAGCAUAUUCUUCAAUGUUUUGGAUUUCCUAAAGCGUUACCAGACGAAGUGGAAGAAAUCAUGACACGGGUGGUUCUCGGCCAUCUAAAGAAAUUUAUGACUGUGACACUAGCGGAGUUUGUCGGGGUCGGAGUGAUAACUGCAGGUUUAAUUGUCGGCACAAUGGGGGCUGGCGGAGUACUUGCGCUGUCACUAUGCAUCUUGGCCGCACCUCCAACAGCAAGAAUGCUGUUCAAAUGUGCUUGCGACAUGAUUCUCAUUCUUGAGCGAGCCUUCCGAUACCAAGGCAAGUACGUCUCCGUGAAGCAGAUCGAGGAUGCGGCGGUCUACUACACAACGGCCAUGACGAAGACUUUUGCUGGAAAGGAGGUCCUACUACAGAAGCAUGUUCAUGAUGAGGUCGACCGAUUAAUCCCUCUGACCAAGGUAUCGACGGCAAUGAAAUUCAGCAAACUCAGGACGGGGCUCGAGGACAUUAUUUACAAGAACCGGUUCCAGAAGUCCGAGGCCGCGAAACAAGAUAAUAGACCAGUGGUCCCCGAACUUGGUGCGCAGGGGCUUGCCGAGCUCGAUGGCACGACAAGUCCCGCAGAAUUACCCGGUGGGGGACGCCUGCCCAUCGAGCUUCCGGCUGAAAUGAACAUUCCACCGAGAGUCCCCGAGAAAGAGGCGGUGUCAUCAGGAAUGGCAUCGGGUACCAGCAACACCACGACCACAGAUGAUCUUCUCAGUCUGGAAGAAAAGACGACGAUGUCGCAAACCCUCAGCGACCAAAGCCGGACGGCAACGCGCCAAACAACGGCGCCAUCAGAGACCGAGAUGUCAGUGGAAAGGACAAAGAGCCAAGGCAUGUUCUCAAGAAAUACACGAAAGCUUUCGGCAAAACUAGGCUUGAGGAAGUCAAAGACCACGCAGAUUUGA